AUGGAGUCACCUGAACGUUCGAGUCGUAGUUAUGCGAAACGGGAUGUAGAAGAUAGCUCAGAUGUCAAGAGUGAUAGGGGUGGGGAUGAUGAGGAAUGGGAUGGAAGUGAUAAGAGGAAACACAGGUCUAGCAAGUCUAGGAAGUCCACCAAUGGGGAGGAAGCAGAAGGAUUUGAUGGGAGUGGGAGAAGGAGAAGUUCUGGUGGGGACAGGAAUGAUAGUCGUAAGAGGUCAGGUGGUGGUGGUGCGUCCAGUAAAGUGGGUAGUGAUGAAGAUGAUUAUGAGACAAGAAAAGAGAUGCGUUCUAAGCAAUUGAAGAAAAAACAAGAGGAAAGUAGUUUGGAAAAGUUAAGCAGUUGGUAUCAGGAUGGAGAAUUAGACAACAAGCAGAGUGGAGGAGACAAGUCUGUUACUAAAGGCCAUGGUCGGCUGGACGAAAGCGAGAGAAGGAAAAUUACAUCAAAGAUCUCAGAAUAUGAGAGUUCCCGCACGGCAAGUAAAAGUAAAGAAGAAAGAUCCUAUGACGGAGAGAAUGAGAAGGUCUUAGAUAGAGAUUCUAGAUAUUCAGAAAGGAAGGAUAGCAGCCGAGAGAAAGGUCACAGUUCUGCUGAGACAGUGAAAAACUCAAGGAGAAGGUGGGAUGAAUCUGACUCCAACAGAAAAGCUGAAGAAAAUCUUCCUGAAAAGCCUGAUCUCAGAAGUGGAAAGGUGUCUGAUUCCAAGUACGAGUCUAAAGAAAGAAGUGUCAGAAAUGAACCCAGUGAGAGUAAAAGCAAGGGUUUGGAUUCAAAUAGUGAAAAGGGUGUCAAAACUAGCAACAGAGAUGACAGAAGAGCUGAUGGAGAGAGGGAGAAGUAUAAGAGUAAAAGCAGGUCAGAAGCUGCUGAAGAAGAUAAUAGGGCUAGUCCUGUUACCCGUGAAGAUAGAUCAGGUCGGGAGAAAAUUGAGAAGCACAGAGAGCAGAGAACUCCUACCAGAAGAGAUGUUGCUGAAAGCCGCGAAAGGUCCUUCAAUGCAGAUGAAGAUGGAAACACAUGGACAAGAGAUAAAAGUGCACGAGAAGUAGGGCGCUCUAACAGGUCCAGGACUCCUGACAAGAGCGCUAGGCGUCAUCAAGAAUCUCAACAUUCUGAAAUAGAGUAUGAAAGAAAUGUUGACACGAGACGGAAGGAUCAAGAAAAGGAUGGCUACAGGGAUGAUAGAUCAAAAGCCAGGGAUGAGAGCUGGAAUGACAGGAAUAGGGAUCGGGAAAGUUCCAAAGAGAACUGGAAAAGAAGGCAACCCUCUGGUAAUGAUAGAGAGCCAAAAGACGGUGACAUUGCUUAUGAUCGUGGAAGGGACUGGGAGCCAAGACAUGGUCGUGAAAGGAAUGACAAUGAAAGGUCUCAUGGUCGAAGCAGGGGUGAAGCUGUGAAAACAUCAUCAAAUUUUGGGAUUUCAAAUGAUAAUUAUGAUGUGAUAGAGGUCCCGCUUGAUCACGGACGACCAGAUUCUAGAUCCAGCUUUGCUAGGAGGAUUGAGGCCAGCCAGCAGUCUGAUGGAAAAUCAGCACCAAACACUGAAGAGUGGGCAUACAUGCAAGAUGAAAGGGGAAGAAGGAAUGACUCACCUUUUUUGGAGACUCAAAGGAAAAGUAUAUGGAUGAUGAUGCACUUCUGCGAGAUCCGAGUUCUUGGAGGGAUGACAUUGAGUAUCAGGGAGGGAAAGGAAGAGGCCAAAAAGGGGCCAUGCCAGGCCGUGGCGCUGGCGGUCAAAGCUCUAGCAGUGGUUCACAGCCUCCAUAUGGAAACCAGGAUUCAGGCUCCUUUGGCAGAGGUCCUCCACAGGGAGUAA